UCAAUUGAUAAUAGUAGCAAUACAUUCCGUACUAGGCAUCAAAGUGGCGGAGAGAACGAGGAGACGCCCCUUCAAUUCGGAUCCAUACAAACUUUCCAGACUCUGGUUUCUCAUUCUUCCUGCAUCUUUUUCGGAAGUAACUUCUCUUUGCGAGCAAUUUUCUCAUUUUUGAGUUGCGUUGCGCCAUGCCCUCCUUUUUCUUCCUCGGCUUCUUUUCUUGCAGUCUAAUGGCUUGGCUGCUCCUCGCCGGUAGCAGCAACAGCAGUCCGGAGGAGGAGGUGGUGGCGGACGAGGAGAAAACGCUCCGGGUGCUGGUGCUGCUGCCCAAGGACAACGCGUACCUGUUCUCCCUGGCGCGGGUCAAGCCGGCCAUCGAGUACGCGGUGCGCACGCUGGAGGCGAACGGGACGCUCCUGCCGGCGGGCUACAGGUUCCGGCUCUUCUACAACGACUCGGAAUGCGGCAACGGGGCGUUGUUCAGCCUGGUGGAUAUGAUCGCCUUGCGGCGGCAGUGGCCCGAUCUCCUGCUGGGGCCCGUGUGCGACUACGCGGCCGCGCCGGUGGCCCGCCUGGCUUCCCACUGGAACCUGCCCAUGCUCUCGGCCGGCGCGCUGGCCGCCGGCUUCAGCACCAAGACGGGCGAGUACUCGCACCUGACCCGGGUCUCGCCGGGCUACGCCAAGAUGGGCGAGAUGUUCCUCGCGCUCUUCCGGCACCACAAGUGGACUCGGGCCAUGCUCGUCUAUCACGAAGACAAGGAACAGCGCAGCUGCUUCUUCGCCUCCGAGGGCGUCCAUGUGGUCUUCCGCGACGCGGGCUUCCACACGGACGACUUCGCUUUCGACGAGAGCGGGAAGUUCGCGGACGACGUGGUGCGCGCCAUCCAGGGCGGCGAGAGAGUUGUGAUCAUGUGUGCCAGCAGUGACGCAAUAAGGAACAUCAUGUUGGCUGCACAUCGGCAAGGAAUGACCAAUGGAGACUACGCUUUCUUCAAUAUUGAACUAUUCAACAGCUCGUCAUAUGGAAAUGGCUCAUGGAAGAGAGGAGACAAAUACGACCUUGAAGCAAAGCAAGCAUACUCAUCUCUCCAGACAGUCACACUACUGAGGACAGUGAAACCUGAGUUUGAAAAGUUUGCUGUUGAGGUGAAAAGUUCUGUUCAGAAACAAGGAAUCAAUCAUGAUGAUUAUGUCAACAUGUUUGUAGAAGGAUUCCAUGAUGCAAUUGUCCUAUAUGUGCUGGCUUUACGGGAAGUUCUGAAGAAUGGCUUCACGAAGAAAGAUGGAGAAAAGAUUGUUCAUCAGACAUGGAACAGGACUUUCGAAGGCAUUGCUGGGCAGGUAUCCAUAGAUGCCAAUGGAGAAAGAAUUGGGGAUUUCUCUGUAAUUGCAAUGACUGAUCCAGAAACCGGAACACAGCAGGUUAUUGGGAACUAUUACGGAAAACAGGGGCGGCUUGAAAUGUUUCCAAAUGUAAAUUACCCCUGGGAACAUAAGCUGGGAAUAGAUGACAGCCGAGGUUUGGAGCAUCCAAGCAAUACACCCUGCAAAUCAUCAGGUGGCCUAGGAGAAUCAGCAGUUAUAGGAAUUGUUGUGGGUGCCUUGCUAGGAGCAGGAUUGUUGAUGGCCUUCUAUUUUUUCAGAAAAAAAUACAAAAUAACUAUUGAGAGGAGAAGUCAGCUGGAAGAAUACAACAUCGGGAAGCAUCGGCAGUUACGAGAAGACUCCAUAAGGUCUCACUUUUCUGCUGCAUGAAGUACAGAAAAACAAAUUGCUGUUGUGGGGGGAAAUCUAUGGACCAAUGGAUGCUACCAAAGACAGCGACAGAAAAGAAGCUCAUUAAUGACUCAGCAUUUUAAAAGUAGAGUAACUUUGUCUUACUUUCUUUCAGAAACUCAGGAAAGAUUUACUAGCCACAUUUUGCCGCAUGGCCUUUUUAUCUUGUG